AUGUCAGUUCAACAUUUGACCGCUGAUGAUGAUGAAAAUGCAAAUCGUUAUGUAUUAGCUGCAAAAUUGAAUAAUAGUAAAACACUUGCGAGUAUACUGAAAGCAAUUCAUUUUUCAGAUCAUGCAACAUUUUGUGGAUUACCAUCGGGUUUAAAAGCGAUUGUCGAAGAUUUUCAAUGUGUUCAAGGAAACGCAUUUAUUGAUGCGCAAAUAUUUCAGUCUUAUGAAUUAAUUAAAAAUAUUCGAUUUCGGAUACAUUUAAAUACAUUAUUGGAAUGUUUGAAUAUAUUUGGUUUAUCUGAAAAUAGUGAUUCUAUUGUUGCACUGCAAAUUUACUAUAUGGGUGAAGGACAUCCAUUGCAAUUAUAUUUAGAAGAACAUGGUGUUAUUACUGAAUGUUCGAUAAAAUUACUGGACGCAGAUGAAACAAUUGAUUUUGAGUUUCAAACAGAAAAUAUAUUAGCGAAAAUUAUGUUAAAGGCUGAUGGUUUCAAAGAAGCGUUAUCGGAAAUUGAUUUAAAAGCUGAUUGUAUUGAAUUAUUGAUUUCAGAGCAAAAUCCACAAUUUCGACUUAUUGCCAAUGGUGUUGGAGGUAGUAGUUCGGUGGAUAUAACAAAAACAUCGGAAAUAAUGGAAUCAUUUUUAUGUACACAAACAAUACAUAACAGGUAUAAAACUCAAUUUUUCCAAUAUAUAAUUAAAGCCUUAACAAUCGCAACCAAAGUAUCAUUAAGAAUCGAUGGUCGUGGUAUACUGUGUAUUCAAUUUCUCAUCUAUACCGAAGAAGAUAAAGCAAGUCUUGUCGAAUAUUUUUUUUGUCCAAGCGAUGAGAUUGACGAUCAGACAAAUAUGCAGACAAACGACGACAGUAAUCAGGUUUAG